AUGUAUCCGUUGCGAUUUGACCGGACGGGUAAAUUCAAGGCUGCACUGAGGGGGUCUGGUGAAAAGGUUUGGUCGUGUCGAACGCGAAGAUUUGUUGCCUACAAUGCACCAAUUUCGCAUUUCGAAAUCCGUGCGUCUAACCCACGAUACAUGAUCGACAUGGAAAUGUACAAGACCCUUCAUUCGGAUGACGAUAAACAGGAAGAUUCCCCUAAAAGCACACAGACUUUAGCCUACGAGAUCUUGUGCAGGGGUGAACCUCCAUGUGACAAUUUCUUGCUCCUUUUGCCGCCGACCUUGCUCGGGUCUGGCAUGCAUGAUAAGAAGUGGAGGACUUUAAAGGUCGAGCAUAUCAGCGCCAUCGAAUGGAACAAAAAUGCCUUUGAGCAGCUAGUACUGGACUACAAUCAUAAGGAGCUCAUUGAAGCUGUGAUUCGGGGACACGUCUCGUCAGAUAUGUCUCCGGAUAUUGUCGAAGGCAAGGGGAAAGGCGCCAUGAUUCUUUUGCAUGGCGGGCCUGGAACAGGGAAGACACUAACAGCCGAGGGCGUUGCCGAGCUUGCAGAGAGGCCACUAUAUCGAGUUUCCUGUGGGGACAUUGGCACAGACCCCGAAAAGGUUGAAACGUAUCUUGACUCCGUUCUCCAUAUUGGACAAGUGUGGCAAGCGGGUAAGUGUUCUAGUCCGUUCGCUGGUAAUGUAGACAGAUCUGAUACAAAGAGUGCAAAGCAUACGUUGUAA